CCAAAGCGUGCUGCAGCCUUGUAACAACAAUUCCACACCUGCAAGUAGCUUCCUCAGAAUCCCUACGAUAGAUGCAACGAGCAUGAGCGGGAGGUUGCUGUCGUCGCGCUUUGCGACCUUUGCCCGACAUUCCUCCCCCUUGACCUUGAGGUCGCCAUAUCACACCGCCCACCAACGUGCUGGAGGCCUCCUCACACGGAAUAGCAUCGCUCGGAGUCGACCAAUAUCCUCUGGAAGCAGUACAGCAGUAGUCCGACAUGCCUCGUUCGCCCGCGCAAUACCGAAACUCGCCUUCAAGCUUAUUCGCUUGCCUGCUCUCCUCGGCGCGACAGCAGUAGGGAGUCUAGCAUAUAUUCAAUACCAAGCAGCUCAGGCUGGUAACUGGGCCAUAGACGUAUUUGGCAGAGCUUCCGACGCUACCACGACCGGAGCACGAUCCAUCUUCGAAGGCGCAGGCGGCAUCUUCGCCCAAACAAAAGCCGGCUGGGAAAAGACGAAAAAGGACUUGCAAGAGCUGUUUCCACAACAAGAAUCAUCUGGGCCAGGAGGAGAUGGUGGUCCCGGAGGGAAUGGCUCCAACCAGAAAGAGGCGCGAGUUGGUGGAGCUGCUGCAGCUGGAACCACAGCCGCCGCCUUUGCUCUGGAUGAUGGUGAACAAGACGACAGAUCUGAGGAAGCAGCAGCUCGCGACGACCAGAUGAUGCUUCUCACCCGCAAGAUGAUCGAGAUCAGAAGUUUGCUCCAGACAGUCGGCCAGUCCGAGACACUCACACUACCAUCCAUCGUUGUCGUUGGCUCUCAGUCUUCGGGAAAGAGUUCGGUGCUUGAGGCUAUUGUCGGUCACGAGUUCUUGCCCAAGGGCUCCAACAUGGUCACUCGUCGUCCUAUCGAAUUGACACUGGUCAACACCCCUGGUGCACAUGCAGAAUACGGCGAGUUCCCUGCUCUCGGCUUGGGUAAGGUCACGGACUUUGCUCAGAUUCAAAGGACCCUCACCGACCUCAAUCUGGCUGUCCCCGAGACUGAGUGCGUGUCUGAUGACCCCAUCCAGCUGCGCAUCUAUUCGCCAAACGUCCCCGACCUUUCCCUGAUCGACUUGCCCGGCUACAUCCAGGUCACUGGUUUCGACCAACCGACCCAACUUAAGGAGAAGAUUGCUGCCUUGUGCGACAAGUACAUUCAAGCACCAAAUGUCAUUCUCGCCAUUUCUGCUGCAGAUGUCGAUCUGGCCAACUCUACCGCUCUUCGCGCCAGUCGUCGCGUUGACCCCCGUGGCGAGCGCACCAUUGGUGUCAUCACGAAGAUGGAUCUUGUAGACGCCCAAAGAGGCCACUCCAUGCUUACCGAUAAGAACUACCCCUUGAGACUUGGUUACGUCGGUGUCGUUUGCCGCGUACCUCAGCAGUCAAACUCUCUCUUCUCCCGUGGCAAUGCCAACAUCACUUCGGCUAUCACCCGCAAUGAGAGAGCAUACUUCUCCUCCCACCCUGACAGCUUUGGUCCUUCGAGCGAGGUCACUGUUGGUACUACGAACCUUCGCAAGAAGCUCAUGCACGUCCUGGAAGCCACCAUGUCGGCGUCCCUUGCAACUACAGCUGAGGCCAUCCACCAUGAGUUGACUGAAGCCACCUACGAGUUCAAAGUGCAAUACAAUGAGCGCCCUCUUUCAGCCGAGUCAUAUUUGGCUGAAAGUCUGGAUGCCUUCAAGCACUCUUUCAAAGGCUUCUCCGACUCCUUCGGCCGCCAUCAACUCCGCGAUAUCCUCAAGCACGAACUCGAUCAACAAGUUCUCAACCUUCUUGCUUCGCGCUACUGGAACAGACCCCUCGAAGAUCUUUCAGCUCAAGAAGGUGAAGGCUUUGUCGAGAGUCUUUCCGCUCUCCCCAAAGCAGACCCCAACGACCAGCUCUGGCGCCUCAAACUUGAUGCCAGCUCUGCAUCCCUCACAAAGCUUGGUAUCGGACGUCUCGCUACCACUGUCGCUGCUGAAUGUCUGCAAGCACAUGUAGAGCGGCUCAUCUCAUCCUCCACCUUCAACGCACACCCUUUCGCUCAGACAAACAUCACACAAGCUGCUCAAGGAAUAUUGCACGACCUAGCCUACGAUACCAGCGAUGAGCUAGAGAUUUGUGUCAAGCCUUACAAGCAUCGCAUCGACCUUGAAGACUCCGAGUGGGCGCGCGGACGUGAGAAUGUUCAGAAAGUGCUCAAGGAUGAAUUAAGAGAUUGCGAAGAUGCUGUAAGAACAGUUGAGAACGAAAUGGGUGGCAAGAAGCGCUUCAAGGAUGUUGUGACCUUUAUCGACAAAGUCAGGAAGGGUGACAUCAAUCUCGAAGGUAACAGCAGUGGAGGCGCCGGUGGCUUCUCAGCCGCUCUCCUCGCAAAGGGCAGAGAAGCUGUCUUCCUCCGUGAUCGUGCGGAUAUCCUUCGCAUGCGACUGCUCGCCGUCAAGAGCAAAGUCUGCGCAAACAAGAACAACAAAUACAUUUGCCCAGAAGUCUUUCUCGACGCAGUGGCCGAUAAGCUGACCACUACCGCUGAUCUGUUCAUCGAUGCUGAAUUGCUCAGCAAAUUUUACUACCAAUUCCCUCGCGCACUGGACUCACGGUUCCGCUCCCUCACACCCCAACAACUUGAUCAAUUCGCCCGCGAAGACCCCAAAAUUCGCCGUCAUUUGGACGUCGUGCACAGAAAGGAACUCCUCGAACAUGUACUCAAGGAGAUGGAAGCCCUCAAAGCACUUGAAGCCAGAGAAAAGAGAGCAGGCAGGGGAAGCAGAGAGCCCAACCGCAGGCUUAGCGAGCUCGAUCGUGCUGGAGAUGAAACAAGCGACAGGAGAAAGAGAGGCUGGGGUCUGUUUUAGGAAUAUGACCCUGAGUGAUGAAGGGGAAGAAGGUCGAAUGUAUUGAUGUUGGCAAAGGUUGGGGUUGUCUUUUUCUUUGUACUAUUAGUUAUAGAUACCACUAUGAGCACAAACGCAUCUCAUCAUUUCAC